AUGGUGGCAUCUGCCCUCCGUUCGGCGGCCAUGGCUGCAGGGGAGGCAGAGUUUCCCCUUCCCGCCUCCAUCUUCACUCAGACCGACGCCCACAGCCUCCAACUCAUGCGUGCUGCACGUAACAUGGUUUCACGGAUGGGCUGCCUGUCUGUUUCACAUAUUAGCAUGAAAGCAAUCAUCACAGAAGCUUCUCGUAAACUGGGCAGCCCCAGCAUUAUGUUACCAGGCCAGUCCCACCUUGGUAUCCCUACUUGGAAGAUCUCUCUCCCCGAGGAUUCUUAUUAUGUAUUUGGUGCAAGUGCUGCUGCAGCCGGAAUGCUACUCUUGUCUGCCGGAGAACCAAUUGAGCCUAAUGAUACUUCAUCUGGUCAGACUUCUGAUGUGAUGCCUCAUGAUGGGCAGACAUCUGAGAUCAUACAUGAUCUAAAGGAAAAGCCGAGUGAGGUUACCGAGAGAGCGGAGAACCUCGCUGCUGAGAACAAGAGGCUCCUUGAAGAUGUGGACAAGGUCAGGGAAGCUAACAACCAACAUGGAUAUGAGAUCUGGAUGGAGACCAUUCGAUCCAUUCAUCGAGAGGAACUUGCUAAGAUUGAAGCUGGCAGUGACAAGAAGGGUGAUGGGAGUGGCAGUGACAAGAAGGGCAAUAAGAGUGACAAGAAGGGCAAUGAGAGUGACAAGAAGGGCGAUGACAGUGACAAGAAGGACAAAAAGUCGCUCGCAAAGAAGCAGUUAGAUCUCUUGACGUCACCAUCCAACGCGAAAAAUUUGUACAAGGAUAUCACAUCCAACUGGUUCAAGUGGAGCUACUUGCUUAGCGUGGUCCCAGUUCUUAGCAAGGCAUAUUAUGGAAAGAUUUUCAAGGGUGACCUUAGCGCUUUAGAUCCUCGGGUUGAGGUGAUGGAGAGCAGGGCUUCAUGUGGCAUUCCCUGUCCGCAGAAAUACUCUAGAUGUGGCAGAGGACUCCCAAAUUUUGUUGGCGAUUCAGGUUAGCAGCUUGUGCACAUGUCCCUACUGCUUCUCUUACUUGUUUUGAGUAGUUGGCAUUGAUUUUACUUGUUUUGAUCAAUAGGCCUCGUCAGUUUCCCAUGGCCAAGAUCGUUCAGGAAAAACUCUUAUACUUGGAACUAAAAUUUAUAGAAAACUCUUAUACUUGUUGAUAGUAACAUCCACGAUAAACUGAAACCAUUUUUAUAGUAAAAAUUAUGUUAUUUCUUUUUCCUUUUUCUUUUGUAAACAUUAUGACUUCAAAUUGUGCUAGCUGUGAAAAAAUUAAAAUUACAUGUCUUCGCUUGUUAAUAUGCAAAUUUGCAUUGAUUAUGAUAUAAUACUCUGUGUGUGUGUGUGUGUGUGUUUUAUUGUUAAAUAUCAUGGUAGAGAGCUCUAGAAUGUAUGAUAAAGUAAUUAUCAUUAUUGAGGAUUUGAGUCCAAUGCAAGUCCCCGUGACAUGACGAUCCAUGAAAUAGGCUCUGCAAAUUUCUUACUUGUUGGAAUAUAAACAUUGCGAAUUUAAAUUAUUCUAGAUGUGAAAAGAUUAAAAAAGAUAAAAUCGCAUGCCUUCGUUUGCUACUUUGCAAAUUUGCAUGGAUUAUAUAUAGUAUUAUACCCUUUCUGUCUCUGUGUGUGUAGUGUUAUUAAAUAUCAUGCUAGAGAGCUCUAGAAUAUAUGGUAAAGGAAUUAUCUUUAUUGAGAUUACGUCCAAUGCAAGUCCCAAUGAGAUGAUGAUCCAUGCAAUAUGAUUUUCAAAUUUCGUACUUGUUGGAAAUCUAACCAACAAGUACAUUGUGAUGGUGUCUUAGACUAGGGGUUACUCACCAUGUCGUGUCCCGGUCAAGAGGGCCGGGCCGAGGACCCCCGUAGCGGUUCAUUAGCGUGCCACUUGGAGCGGCCCAUGACACAUAUAGGGGAGAUUCCACAAGCCUUGGCGCACAA